ACCACCGGAAGGUCAGCCGUGCAAACAACCAAUCAGCGCAGUAAACACUGGCGUCUGUCACAGGAAGUGACGUGAGGUGCCCUUGGUUAGCUUGACAGCGUGUGCUGAUAAUGUAAAAUUAAAUUAAACGUCCUCUGUUCGCGUCAUUCCUCGGUUUUGUCCAUUAAAAUGCCUCUACACAAGUAUCCACCAAAAAUCUGGGAAGCCCUGAAGCUGCAGAAGGGCAUCUACGCCCGUGUACCCCAGCACUACCUGCGCUCUCUGCAGGACAACACCCCUCCUUCACCUGUGCACUGGAGGCCUCUGGGUGUCAAAUACAGACUCCGUCCUACAGCGGGACACAGAGAGCGCGUGCAGGAUGUGCCUGUCCCCGUCUAUCACCCGCCAGAGUCACAGAGCGGACUCUGGGGGGGAGAAGGCUGGAUAUCUGGCUUUAGAUAUGCUAAAGAUGACAAGCUUUCUUCAAGACUGCGCAAAACCUGGAAGCCGCAGCUGUUUAACAGAGAGCUGUACAGUGAGAUCCUCGACCAAAAGUUCACUGUAACGGUCACAGCUCGCACGCUGGAGCUUAUCGAUGCUGCUUUUGGCCUCGACUUCUACAUUCUUAAGACACCGAAGCAAGAUUUGAACUCCAAGUUUGGAAUGGAUCUAAAACGUGCGAUGCUUUUACGUCUGGCACGGAAAGACACAGAUCUGCACCCUCAUGAUCCGUCUCGCAGGGAGAAAAUCUACAACUGCUACAAGCAGCAGUUUGAGAUCCCAGAGGAGGAGGCUGAAUGGGUGGGUUUGAGUCUAGAGGAAGCAGUGGAGAAACAGAGGCUCCUGGAAAAGAAGGAUCCAGAGCCUCUUCACAAGAGUUUGGCGAAGAACCUUGUGGAGGAGCUCGCCAUUAAGAAGCUCUCAGAGCCUCAGAUUGUGGAGAAAAAAUGACAUCCUCCAUAUCUGUCAUACAGUCUGAAGAAUAAACAAUAUUGUAUUUAUUUUGUAUUAAAAUCACCAACAGCUUGCUGAUAUUCUGUAUAUAUAUUAUUUUUACUUAAAAAUAAAUUGAAUCAGAGAUGUAUUUGCCGAGCUGAUAGAAAUAUUAAAUUUUCUGGCUAUUUGGAAACUGUAAUGUUCUACUAAUAAUGUUUCUCAUUGGUUAUCUUUUUGAAAACCAAAUCCUAAAAUUCUAGUAAUGUUCUUUUAAGGUUCUCUUUUUAUUAUUCUUUAGGUGUAAACAAUUUAUUUAAUGUUUAUUUAUAGGUUUAUUUAUUUAUAACCAUCAGAACUUUCGCAGAAGGUUCUGGGAACCAAAAAUUGUUUGCUGGAUGCAGCAAAGAAUAAAGAUUUUAUAAGUUGACAUUUA